AUGUCAGUAAUUCUUGCCUCGGCGGGAUAUGACCAUACAAUUCGCUUCUGGGAGGCCUUAACAGGCGUCUGCUCAAGAACUAUCCAGCAUUCCGAUUCACAAGUCAAUAGACUGGAAAUCACCUCUGAUAAAAGAUUUUUAGCAGCAGCGGGUCAUCUAAAUGUGAGGCUAUACGAUAUACGCACAACUAAUCCUAAUCCCGUCACUUCGUUCGAGGGCCAUCGUGGGAAUGUCACGUCGAUAGCCUUUCAGCAGGAGAACAAAUGGAUGGUAUCCUCAAGCGAGGAUGGUACUAUAAAAGUCUGGGACGUGCGGGCACCGUCAGUGCAGAGAAACUACAAGCACCAUGCAGCGGUUAAUGAGGUUGUUAUACAUCCUAAUCAGGGUGAGUUGAUCUCGUGCGAUCAGGAUGGCAAUAUAAAAAUUUGGGAUUUGGGAGAAAAUCAAUGUGUGCACCAGCUGGCUCCCGAGGAUGAUACUCCUCUACAGUCUCUUUCAGUGGCCAGUGAUGGUUCUAUGCUUGUGGCUGGCAACAACAAAGGCAAUUGCUAUGUUUGGCAGAUGCCACACCAGACAGACGCCGCAAACCCAAGGCCAGUAACAAAGUUCCGUUCCCAUGCCAAGUACAUCACGCGUGUAUUGCUGUCUUCGGACGUGAAGCAUUUGGCAACCUGUUCUGCGGAUCACACGGCUCGGGUUUGGUCUAUCGAUGAUAACUUCCAACUUGAAACAACCCUCGAUGGCCAUCAGCGCUGGGUUUGGGAUUGCGCUUUUAGUGCUGAUUCUGCCUAUCUAGUAACAGCGUGUUCGGACCACUAUGUGAGGCUUUGGGAUCUGUCUACACGGGAAAUUGUGAGGCAAUAUGGUGGCCACCAUAAAGGAGCAAUAUGUGUAGCGCUCAAUGAUGUGUAG